CAUGUAAUACGUGAACUGAGUUUUUCACAAACCGACGUUGUUUUGGUUUUCGAUCCAAUAUGUCUUAAGAAAUAAGCAUAAUCACUUUCAGUGCAUAAAAUGGUUCACGUUUUAAGCCUGGUUGUUAGGGGACUACACGCGAGAUACAGUCGCGAAACUAGUAACGAAAACUUGGAAAACCAGUCUGACUUGGUGAACGUGCGACAAACCGGACCGAUGGUCUCCGUAUUUCCGCGCGUUCAUCGUCGUAUCUCUAUACAGAAUCAAACAACCGUUGUGCCAAACGGAGUACUUGUUGCUCUUGUAAGGAGAUAAAAGUCUGAGAAGAACAGUCCUCAAAUCAAAGAAUGGACGAGGAGAGUACGGAAAUGAACACGAUUUCGGUGACUAGCACAGCUCCAUCGGCGACUACUGUGAUAAAAGAACCAGAGUUAGUAACAAUCCUCGAGGACAUGCCUUUGACAAACGAACAGAUCGAAGAAGAACAAGAUCUAUUGGAAGAAGCCGAGGAUGAGUUCGAGCCGAAUGAAAACACUCCACUCAUUCGAUCGCACGAAACUCUAGAAAAGAGUGACUCAAGUUUCUUCACACACAACAGCAAAAGUUUCACAACAACUUUCACAACGAGUCAGGCAUCCUUAUUCAUCCCUUCGUUCCAGUUUUCGUUGUAUUCUAGCAUAGUAUCAAUCUCGCGGUCUCUAAAUCAACGAUCUGUGGCCCUCACGAUUGACGACAGAAGUAGCCAAGACUCGAAAUCGAAAUCAACAACCUUGUUGGAGAAGUUGUCAGAAGAUGGCCAAGCAACGACCAUGCUUGCGCUAUGGAACAUGAUUAACAUGAUCUUUGUUAGCACUAGUGUUCUAGCUAUGCCCUAUGCGAUCUUCCUGGGAGGAUUCGCAGCUCUGUUCCUAAUUUUAUUCAUUGGAUUUCUGACCGACAUCACUUCAGUUCUUCUUGUUGGCUGCCUUUACGAAAUCUCACCGAAAAGCCGGCUUCGCAAACGAGUCCGAGCGAGUUAUGCCGAGAUUGCAGCGCACGUUUGGGGACCAGUGGGUGGGUGGAUAGUUGAUUUCGUAACCGUGAGCUUGUCAUACUGCAGCUGUGUUCUGAUGGUGAUGGUUCUCGGUAGUAGCUUCAUGGAACUGUUCAAGGAACUGGUCAUGUUAAACUUAAAGGAAUGGUGCUUGAUCUGUGCACUGGCCAUGUUACCCACAGUUUUCAUCAAAAGACUGUCCAUUCUUGCCUGGCUAAGUAUGCUAGCUGUAGUAGCAGUGUUUAUUAUUGCCUUUAUUCUGUUAGGUUUUACUCUGGGGGAUUCGAACUCUUGGACAUUAGACAAAAUUCCUUCAUUUAACAUUAACACUUUUCCAGUUAGUUUAGGAAUUAUUAUGUUUUCAUACUGUGGCCAUACAGUAUUUCCUGGAAUAGAGGGCUCCAUGCAGAAACCCAUGAAAUACAAAAGUGUCACGCAUCGGGCAUUUAUCUCCGUCACGGCAGUGAAAUUUUUAGUUGGGCUUUUCUGCUGCCUCACAUUUGGUAGCAACACCAAGUCAAUUGUGAUCAUAAAUCUCAGUUUGUCAUAUGGCUCAAUUCUUAGCAAAAUAGCAACAGUGUUGGUUAUCAUAAAUAUUUACUUUUCAUACCCUCUUAAUAUGUUUGUUGUAAGUGGAACAUUAGAUAUAAUUCUUUUGCCAAAGUUUCCCCUCUGCUACAAUCACAAGCGUUACAAUUAUUUGUGGGUUCUCUUCACCCGCACUUUCCUGGUCCUCUCAACACUUGGUAUUGCUGUAGCUGUACCUCAUUUUGGGCUGCUGAUGAGUAUAUUUGGAAGCUUGUUUGGAGCUUGUAUCACCAUGAUUUUCCCUUGCCUAUUCCAUUUGCAGCUUAAAUGGAACAAGUUGACUUGGUAUAAGAAAGUUUGUGAGAUGCUUAUAGUGUUAUUUGGGAUAGUUGCAGGCACAUUAGGUUUGAGUUAUUCCUCUAUUGCCAUGAAGAAUGCCUUGCACUAAUUUGUACUAGAAAUUGUUCAAUAUUGUAUUACAGGAGCAUAACUCCCCAGGGGCCUUUCUUGCCCUCUCCUUUCCCCCCCCAACCUUUAUGAGUUCAUUUUUCUUCAUAGUCAACAACAUACAAAGUUAGUGGAGGGAGGAUACAGGAUGUGUUUGGCAUCUUGUGCAGGAGGUAGAUCAUAGGAUUUGGUAUCACUUCAGGCACUCAUUUGAAAUGUUGAUAUUCAGCUCUAGUACAGGUAUUGGAUGGAAAGCCACUUUGUUUUUGGCUCAUGUAACAUACAGCCAUCUUACUUUGCUGCAGGUUUCAGCAUCUGAAUCAUUGGAGUAAUUUUUAUAAUAAAAAAAUUUUGUAAAGCAUAUUAUUUUUGUUUCAUAGAUAAGUAAUAUGUACACAACUGAGGAAUAUUAUGUUAGAAUAUGUGAUAAUCAACAACUACUUCACUUAAGUGGAGGUGGCUCGUGGUGGAUAUUUACCAGGCCACAAAGUGGUGAGGUAAAUAUCUACCGCUAGCAACCGACAAUGAGGUGAAUAUAUAUAAUUGUUUUAUAGUAUAUACUAAAACAGUGAGAUACUAUAGCACAAAGAGAUGAUUUUCACUCAUUUAUCUAGGCAACGAUAACAAUAUAUAAAGGUGCAGGUCCAGUGUGAGUUGCUUGGAGGUAAAUUGCAAAGGAUAUUUGAAGUUAGAGCAGCCUUAAAUGCUAUCCACUGUUUUAGUAUAUACUAAUACAGUUUAUCAAUCAGAUGAACACAGUUUUUCAAAAUACAUAGGUCUCCUCAGUUAAAUAAUAUUACAUUACUGAUAACAUUUUUUGAAAGCGUCAGAACAUGAAAAGAUGUACAAUAUAUGCAAGCUUGAUAUUUAUAUAAGACUUGCACAUGAACUGGACUAACAUUUAUUAUAAGAAAAUGUAUUAGAGGCAAGCUACAAUAUAUAAUUU